GCACCUAACCUAGCCCCCCUCCUCUCCCUCUCCCUCCCCAAUAUAACCCUCAGACCCAUUGAUUGGACACCCCAACUGGAUAGCUCCUUCUUCCUUCUAGUUCAUGCACCUCUCUCUCUCUCUCUCUCUCUCUCUCUCAUAUAUAAACACCCAAACCUUCCCUUUUCCUCAUAUUCUCUCUUACUCAAAGCCUCAAAGCCUCUAAAACUCUCAGUCGCUAACAAUGGAUGCAAAUAUUGCCAUGAAUAUGUGCUCUUCUUCUACUUCUACCUCCGACUCUUCUUCCUCGGAGUCCUCGCAGCCCAGAAAUCCCAACAAGGCCUACAGAAUCAAGGGCCCGUGGAGCGCCGAGGAGGACCGGGUUCUCACCCGCCUCGUCGAGCGCUACGGCCCCAGAAAUUGGUCUUUGAUUAGCCGCUACAUUAAGGGUCGCUCGGGCAAGUCCUGCAGGCUUAGGUGGUGCAACCAGCUCAGCCCCAGUGUCCAGCACCGUCCCUUUUCCCAAGCCGAAGACGAAACCAUCCUCGCCGCGCACGCCCGCUACGGCAACCGGUGGGCCACCAUUGCCCGGUUGCUCCCGGGCCGGACCGACAAUGCGGUCAAGAACCACUGGAACUCGACCCUGAAGAGAAGGGUAAGAGAACCACAAGACCACCAAGAACUGGAUCAUCAGGGCGAGGGUAAUAUUGGCAAUGCAGCGAUUGAGGUGAUGAUGAUGGGUAAUACUACUACUAGUAGUGCUUCAGCUGCCUCCGGGCGUAAUGGGUCCAUGGAUCUGGAUGACCCGUUGACCGAGUUGACUCUGGCCACGCCGGGGAUCGGUGGCUCUGUGGUGUCGUCGUCGGAACAACACCACCAUCACCGGAGCAGCAGCGAGAGUUUUCCUCCGGCGGGGUUUUGGGAUGUGAUGAGGGGUGUGAUUGCCAGGGAAGUUAGGGAUUACGUCAGCUCGUCAUUUUCAGAAACUUCUGGGCUUCAUUGAUGAUACUCUUCUUCUUUAUAUAUAUUGGUCAUUGUCUCUUCCUGGGUUGAAUUAGUUUUCUUUUUUUUUGUUAAUAUGUACGUGGUGGGUUUAAUUCAAAAUGGGUUCAAAUCAAAUGAACUCUACUAGCUUCUUCAAUUAUGAAACUGGUAUGAAUUUACAGGUUGUAAGCUAGCAACGCAUGAAUAUAUAUUAUGGAAUUCGAUGAGAUUCGAAAAGACAAAAGGGGGAGGAUGUUAAGUGUUUAAUUAAUUACUUUUAAAGUACCUGCUUUCCGAACUUUGCAAAAUAUAUAUAAGGAGGUUUUACA